CGCCCGCGCGGGAGGGAGAGCGGGCGCGUUGGGCUCGGCCCGAUGGGGGUACUCGCAGCUUGCGGGGACGCCGAGCCGCACUGUCCUCUCGGCAGCCAGUGAGCGAGGGGGACUGAGCCUGCGCGGACCCCGCCACCUGGCCGCUCACCCGGCGCGGUUCCCGGAGCUCCCGGCAGGAGGUGAAGGCGCCCGGCGGCUCCGGAUGGCGUAGUUGCGCCGCGGCGCAGCAGCUGCUGGAGCUCUCGGCCGCCCAGCGCUGGGCGGGGGAAACUUUGGCUCCGCGUCCCUGCAACUUGCCGCGGCUGAGGUCCGCGGGGCGCGCCGCCUGCGAGGCAGUUUGAAUUUUGUGAGGCCGCUGCUGAUCUGUGCAGAUUGUGGUUAAGGGAAGUGACGGCAGGAGCAUUGGAGAAACGAAGAUGACCUCCCGUUGCGUGGUGGCCGUGUUUGCCCUUAUGAGCUCCUGUGUAGCCACUGCAGGUCCUGAGCCCAGCACCCGGUGUGAGCUGUCGCCGGUCAACGCCUCCCACCCCGUGCAGGCACUGAUGGAGAGCUUUACCGUCCUGUCAGGCUGUGCCAGCCGAGGCACGACCACGCUGCCGCAGGAGGUGCACGUCCUUAACCUGCGUGCUGCAGACCAGGGGCCCAGCCAGCCACAGAGAGAGGUUACUCUGCACUUGAAUCCCAUCUCCUCAGUCCACAUCCACCACAAGCCCGUUGUGUUCCUGCUGAAUUCCCCGCAGCCCCUGGUGUGGCAUUUGAAGACAGAGCGACUUGCUACUGGGGUUACCAGACUUUUCUUGGUGUCUGAGGGCUCUGUGGUCCAGUUUCCAUCAGGAAACUUCUCCUUGACAGCAGAAACAGAAGAGAGGAACUUCCCUCAUGGAAAUGAACAUCUGUUAAGCUGGGCCCGAAAGGAGUAUGGAGCAGUUACUUCCUUCACUGAACUCAAGAUAGCAAGAAACAUUUACAUCAAAGUGGGAGAAGAUCAAGUGUUCCCUGCCACAUGCAACAUAGGGAAGAAUUUUCUCUCCCUCAAUUACCUUGCCGAGUACCUGCAGCCCAAAGCAGCAGAAGGCUGUGUGAUGGACAGCCAGCCCCAGGACAAGGAAGUGCACAUCAUUGAGCUCAUCACCCCCAACUCCAACCCUUACAGUGCUUUCCAGGUGGAUAUAAUAAUUGACAUAAGACCCUCUCGUGAGCAUCCCGAGGUGGUCAGAAAUCUCAUCCUCAUCUUGAAGUGCAAGAAGUCUGUCAACUGGGUGAUCAAGUCUUUUGACGUGAAGGGAAACCUGAAAGUUAUUGCUCCUAACAGUAUUGGUUUUGGGAAAGAGAGUGAGAGAUCUAUGACCAUGACCAAGACUGUAAGAGAUGAUAUUCCUUCCACCCAAGAGAACUUGGUGAAGUGGGCUUUGGACAAUGGCUAUAGCCCAGUAACUUCAUACACCAUGGCCCCUGUGGCUAAUAGAUUUCAUCUUCGACUUGAAAACCAUGAGGAGAUGAGAGAUGAGGAAGUCCAUGCCAUCCCUCCUGAGCUACGCAUCCUGCUGGACCCCAGCUCCUUGCCUACCCUGGAAAACCCGCCCUUCCGGGGCGGGGGAGGCCGAAACGGAGGUCUCCCCUUCCCUUUCCCAGAUCUCUCCAGGAAAAGCCGGAAGGAAGAAGGUGAAACUAGGAUCCCCAGGCCGAAGGACCGGGUCAUCCCCAGCGUGCAACUGUUUCCUAGUCCCAGAGAGCCAGAAGAGGUGCAAGGGAGCAUGAAUGUUGCCCUGUCAGUCAAAUGUGACAGUGACAAGAUGACUGUGGCUGUAGAAAAAGACGCUUUUCAGACCAGCAGCUACUCAGGGAAGGAGGUCACAUUGUUGGAUCCUAGCUGCAAGGCCAGGCUGAAUGGCACCCACUUCAUCCUGGAGUCUCCACUGAAUGGCUGCGGCACCCGCCACCGGCGCUUAACUCCUAAUGGCGUGGUCUACUACAAUUCGGUUGUGAUAAAGGGGCUGACCCCCAUGGACAGCAGUGGCUGGCCUGAAGGUUAUGAAGACCUGGAGUCAGGAGACAAUGGAUUUCCCGGAGACAUGGAUGAGGGAGAGCCUUCCUUCAUUAGCCGUCCUGAAAUCCUGCCAUUUAAUUGCAGCCUGCAGCAGCCAGGGAACCCAAGUAGCUUCCUGGACCAGGCCAACGGAAACAUCAGUUUCAACAUGGAGCUGUAUAACACUGACCUCUUCCUGGUGCCCUCCCAGGGCAUCUUCUCUGUCGCAGAAAAUGGUCACGUUUAUGUUGAGGUGUCUGUCACCAAGGCUGACAAGGAGCUGGGGUUUGCCAUCCAAACAUGCUUUAUCUCCCCGUAUUCGAACCCGGAUAGGAUGUCUGAUUACACCAUCAUUGAGAACAUUUGUCCAAAAGAUGAAUCAGUCAAAUUCUACAGUCCCAAGAAGGUGCACUUUCCCAUCCCGCAAGCCGAGAUGGACAAGAAGCGAUUCAGUUUUGUCUUCAAGCCGGUGUUCAACAUUUCGCUGCUCUUCCUCCAGUGUGAGCUGACCUUGUGUACCAAGAGAGAGAAGGACCCCCAGAGGUUACCCAAGUGCGUGCCUCCGGAUGAAGCCUGCACCUCGCUGGAUGCGUCCAUGAUCUGGGCCAUGAUGCAGAACAAGAAGACAUUCACCAAGCCCCUGGCUGUGAUCUACCAGGCGGGAGAGACCAGAGAAAAAGGUCCAAGCAUUAAGGAACCGAGUCCAAUUUCUCCACCCAUCUUCCACGGACUGGAUACCCUCACCGUGAUGGGCAUUGCCUUCGCAGCAUUUGUGAUUGGAGCUCUCCUGACUGGGGCCUUGUGGUACAUCUAUUCUCAUACAGGAGAGACAGCAGGCAGGCAGCAGGUCCCCACGUCGCCGCCAGCCUCAGAGAACAGCAGCGCAGCCCACAGUAUUGGCAGCACCCAGAGCACCCCAUGCUCCAGCAGCACCGCCUAGCCCAGCCCAGCCACUGCCCACCAACGGCAAGGCUGGCAGGACAUCGUGGUCAGAUUCAGCAGGCUUGGUUCUGGUUCCCUUGUAAAGUGUGAGGGGAUUUCAGUAUAAAGAUCACCUUUUGCAUUUGCACCCCUGUACUCCCACUGCACGGUCGAUAGAAACAUGGCCCCCGGGCUUAUGUAUAACACACUAGAAUCGUGUAUGAGGAAGCUAAGGUGAUAGUCUGCUCCCCUAGUCCCUCCCAGGCCGGGGAAUGGGGUGGGGGAUGGGGUUCAAUGUGAAACACAUGCCAGUUUUGAAGAUGCUGCUUUGUCCGGGUGAGAACAUCCAUAAUUUGGGGCCCUCGAGUUGUACCCAGACUCGAGGAGUAGGUAAAAGGGAAGAGACAGACAGUAAAACCAAUGAGACAAUGCCACCAAAAAAGUCUCUCUGUUAUCUCAGCCAGGAUGGGAAGCACCGGAAAUGCUUCAAGGCUUUCUGGAAUGUUCCUCCUUGUCUGGUUGACACUGCAUCUGGCUGCUCCCUUCUGACUCUGUCCCCCGUGGGGAUGGAUGUGUUGGCUUGCUGCUGCCGCCGUUGGGGACUGCAUCUGCCACACAUCAGGGUGACAUUCCUUUCUUGUGCCCUGGGCCAAAACCAAUGCUGAUGACUGGCAGCUCCCUAAAUCUUCCCCACACCCGCACACACCGACUGCCAACAAAAAAUGUCUUAAUGCAAGCUUUAUAUUCCUUCUAGGUAUAUAGAAAUUGAAAAUGAUCCAAAUCGAAAAGUGCAG